UCAGAAGAGGAAACAGAUAUAGAAGAUUCUAUUCCAGUACCUUCAAGAAAAACUAGAAGACUUCAUCGCCUUCUAAAAAGCUCGAAUAUGGACUCUGCAGAACAAAAUGACGGCACAACGGCUUCCACUAAACUAACAAUCUCAAAAAAACGAACGGAUUCUUCAAACCUUACCUCCAACUCACACUCUUCUCGUUCACAAUCACCUAAACAGCGCAAAACUUCCCGUGCAGGACGUGAUGCUUCAGGACGUACUUUACUUCAAAGGAUGUGUGCAAAGGGAAAUAUUGACGAGGUAAGGAGGUUGAUAGAAGAAGGGCAAAAUAUAAAUGAUGCUGAUUUUGCGGGAAUAACUCCCCUUCACGAGGCUGCUCUCGAAGGCCACUACGAGAUCACUAAAAUUUUACUUGAAAAUGGUGCUGAUAUCAAUAUACAGAGUGGGCAGAUGGAUAAAGAUACACCUUUGAUUGAUGCAGUUUCCAAUCUUCAUUAUAAAGUUGUUCAGCUGCUGCUCACUCGAGGCGCAAACCCUAACAUACAGAACGCUCAAGGACAAAACACAUUUGAUGUUCUUGAAAGUACAAUUAAAGAGUAUGAGGACGACAACGAGGAAGUACCACCAGAUGCUAAAAAGAUAAAAAAGUUGAUUCUGCAGUACUCUCAAAAUUUUGCAGAGAAUGAUUCUCUCAGUUCAGACAAAAUCAGCCGAGAAAGAUCUAAUUCAAUUGCCACUGACGACGAAGCACAUUCACUCAGUAAUAAUCAGCUUUCAUAUCCAAGUCUCCGGAAAGGGGGUCUAAAUUCCCUUCAAGAAAGAAUUAGUGCUAAUGAUGUGACUUUUGUCCUAAAUUAUGUUUCCAAUAUGAACGGCAAAAAAAUUCCUUCUGAAUCUCUUCUCCUUGCGUCAAAACUUGGUUUUCCAGAUAUUGCAAGCUUGCUAAUUGCUUUUGGGGCGGACAUCAAUUUUAAAGAUAAAAAUGGCUGGACUCCAUUGAUGCAUGCUGUCGGUAAGGGACAUUUAGAAAUGGUCAAAUUACUAUUAUCAAAUCAAGUAAACGUUGCAGUAAAAGACAAGAAAGAUAGAACUGCCUUAGACAUUCUGAAAGAAAAUGGAUUGUGUGAAACAGAAGAAUAUACCCUGCUUUUGGCAAAAUCAAAAGAGAUGCUUGCUCUAGAACCGAACAAUAGUGACAAAAUGGAUAUUGAUCAAGAAGAUGAAACAGGAUCAUCAGACAAAGCUCCCUCAGCAUCAGCUUCUUCUUCUCCUGCCCCUUCUGUAAGAAAAAGUGCUUCUAAACAAAGGAAGAAGCAUGAUGAUGAACCUGAAGAGAAGAAGGUAACACCUAUCCCUCCCACGGCAGAAGAGAUCGAAGCACACAGAUUGAAAGAAAUUGAGGCACAGAAGGCAAGGGAAGCCCUUGAGCAUCAAAGACUGGAACGUAAAAAACUGAAGCAGCAAGAAAUAGCUAAAAGAAUUGAUGCUAUCGAAAAACAGCGUGAGGAAGAAAAGAAGGCUUUGGAAAAGCUAACUUUAGAGAAAAGACGCAAAGAAGAAGAGGAACAAAGCAUGCUUUUGAAAAAACAAGAGGAAAGUCGAAAGAAAGAAGAGCUAAAGUACGCUAUUGAGAAGCGGAAGUUGAUUCGAGACUAUUAUCCAUAUGGUUUAAAAAAGGCAAACUUUGGCGGUAAAUUAAGUAAGUCAGAAAUUGAGAGCUUCUUACCGCUUUACGUUUUCAAAAUUGGAGAUGCAGAGUAUUUGAUUGACUUACAGCUGAACUUACUAUUUGGAGUUGAGAGUUUGUACAGCAAAUAUCCCCAGCUUGAUAAAAGGAAAGUAAGAUUAGAAGAAAAGAAGGGCUUGUGGAAUGUUUUGUGGCCGUUGAUUGGAUCAUUCCAAAACGGCUACAAACCUGUUGAGGAGUUACAACAAGUUUACGAAUCAGAAGGCAAUAAUUUCAAAGAGUUGGUGCUGAACUGGGUCAGAUUAGACGCGUUUGAAGAGUUGAUAAAGACUGAAGAGUUGAGAGUGGUCCAUGAGUCCGUUGAGCGUAUUGGAUUAUGCCACGCUGCUUUGGUAAUUGAAACAUCUCAAGUUUCUGUUAGUGAUGCAGACGGAGCUAACGCCGUGAACAAUAAUACCAUUAAGGAUAUUGAGCCCACAGACAACAGACCUAGAGAGUUUCCCCGCCGAUUUGGCAAAAAGGCAAGAACAGCUCUCAAGAUGAUGAACAAACCGCUUUGG